AUGUCUUUCACAACAUCUUCUUCAGUCACACUACCAGUGCCCGUUGUAGAUGAUGUUCACCACGACAUUCAAAUCAAGCCCGGCGACGAGAACAGUUCCGAGCUUAACUUGACGCCGCCGACUAAAGUCUUCUUUCCGCCGAGCAGCAACUCAUCAACGCAUACUCUCGUAGUCCCUGAUGGCGCUCCUUCUCAACCCCCGACUCCUCCUGCAUCAAGUAGCUCAGUCGAUGACACUGACGACGAAGAAGACGAGAUUCCCGUUCCCUCAAAGAAGGGCAACCGUCCUUACCGAUACCUGCGCUGGAACUUCGGCUCCGUCUACAGACGCAUCUUCAGUCUCGCGUUCUUUGGAAACAUCGCCGCUCUCAUCUUCGUCAUCAUCCGCUCCCUCAUUGGAGGCAUCCCGCUCACGCCCCAAACUUGCGCCACAGCCGUCUCAGCAAACAUCCUCGUCGCCCUCUUCAUCCGCAACGAGCACACGGUCAACGCUCUCUUCAAACUCUUCGUCCUCUUCCCAUCUGCGAAGGCACCCCUCCGCAUCCGCCGCACCUUUGCCAAAAUCUACUCAUACGGCGGCAUCCACAGCGGCUGCGGUGUGGCCUCCUUCUUCUGGUUCAUUGCGUUCCUCGUCGUCCUCACGGCCCAGCUCAAGAACCCAUCAAACGCCGUGCGAGCCUACAUCCUCCUCGACAGCUACCUCAUCUGCGCCCUUCUCGCUGCCAUCAUUGGCUUCGCACACCCCAGGGCCCGUGUCCUUCUUCACAAUUGGUUCGAGGGGACCCAUCGCUUCUUGGGCUGGUCCGUCAUCGUAUUCUUCUGGGCCCUUGUCCUGAUGCUCGCCGCGGACGACAGCACCACGGCCGGUACCCCUUACGCCGUAUCUCUCAUCCUGACGCCGUCAUUCUGGAUGCUCAUCGUCAUCACCCUCCUGGUCGCGUACCCCUGGACCCGUCUCCGCCUGCGCGAUGUCGAAGCCGAGGCAAUGUCAAACCACGUUGUCAAGCUCAACUUCAACUACGCAGACGUUCACUACGGCCAAGCCGUCCGCCUCACCGACGCGCCCCUCCGCGAGACCCACGCUUUCGCCGUGAUCCCAAACCCCGCCGCCCCAUCCACCGACGUCGAGAAGGGCCAGUCAACAGGUGGCCUAUCCAACGCUGGCAAGAAGGGUUUCUCCGUUCUCGUCUCGAAUGCGGGCGACUGGACCAACAAGAUCAUCAAGAAUCCGCCAAAAAAGAUCUGGACCCGUGGCGUUCCGCAGUACGGCGUUCUGCGCGUGGCCGGUCUCUUUGAGCCGUGCAUCGUCAUCGCUACGGGUUCGGGAAUCGGACCGUGCCUGAGUCUCUUCGUGCAGAGGCCAGAUCACCCCGUGCGCAUCAUCUGGUCGACACAGCGGCCGGCCGAGACAUAUGGUCAGGCCGUCAUCGAUGCGCUCUACCGCGCCGACCCGGACGCCGUCAUCAUCGAUACCAAGAAGACGGGCCGGCCUGACUUGGUUGCGAUCACGUAUCGCAUCUGGGAGAAUAGUCGUCGCCAGGCUCUUGGUCUUGCGCAGAAUGAGGGUGUUCCCACGACAAAGAUGAACAAGAAAAAGAUGGGACCCUGCGAAGCCGUUGUCAUUAUUUCGAACCAAAAGGUGACGAGGAAGGUUGUGUAUGGACUUGAGAGCAGGGGUAUUCCCGCAUACGGCGCCAUCUUCGAUUCAUAG